AUGGACUCCUGUGGUCUUCUAGCUCUCUCUCUCUCCCUCUUAACCUUAUCUUAUCAGUUUCUGGCCAUAAAAUCUGAUGAGGCUUUGAUCCAAAACCUGUGUCACAAAACACCAGAACCAGUCGUUUGCGCAGAUUGCCUUCAUGGUGAUCCUAGUGGCAAGGCUGCAGAUGCUAGGAGAGUAGCACUGAUAACAGUGCGCUGUGCCGAAUAUGAUGCCGAACAAGUAUAUAAUUUCACGUUCAAUCUCUGGCAGAACACUCCCAAAUCAAAUGCUGCACUGUACAACAUCCUUGACACAUGUUCAAGCCAGUUUCUUGUGGCACAUGAUAGUUUUCGCGGCGCCACAGUUGCCCUUGAAGAUCAGGGGUGGCGGAAUUGGCGGGGGACUGCCAUUUAUGAAUUAACUACUCAAGUCACUCCUUACCUGAACCGCUGCCUGGACCUCUUCAAAAAGCAACCGCAGCUUCCAUUGCCAAACACUAUCUUGGUCGGGGCUAAUGCUGUCAACCAAGGCAUUGCAAUUAGCUUGGGGGUUUUGAAGAAUAUUCCUGAUAAGUUAACCCAUUCAUAA